UACAGAAUUUUAUAAACAUGAACUGGGCGAUAAUUCCAACAAGAUGUUGUGCCAAUGAGAACAAUGUCAAUGCGGAUUUGGAGCCACGUCGCAGUCGGUCUUUCACUACAGGCAUUGGCAAUCCUGGCGAGCGUUGGACAAGCUGCCGGCCGAUCUGAUGGAACAUCGGAACACCGGACCCCAUAUGUGGAUACUUCGUGGCCCAGGCGGCAAUACAGCAGCGAGCGAAGGGAUAGCCAGGACCUCAGGGAAUUGGCGCCAUCGGGGCCACGUUACUUUUCCGAUCCCGAAGUCCUUUUCCAGCGGUUGGACGACAUGGAGCAGAAAAUGGGGACACCUGAAAGAAAAGCUUCCUCUGGCAAGUUGAAAUCUGAAAAGUAUCUGGUCGGACCUAAGAAUAUUGCCGCCCAGCUGUUCAAAGACAACCUAUAUAAAUUUCCCAUUGAUGAGAGCGAUGAUGGUGUGGAUAAGCAGGAAGAGGAGGAUCCAUUCGAGUCCCUGGCCAGGAUGAACUUCAAUGAGCAGUUGAAGGAGCGAAAGCCCGAUCGAGAGCUAAAGAGAAUGCUGGGUGGCUUCAGGAACAACCAUCGGGAUGGAAAACCAGCAGUGGCCACCGCCAAUCUGCUGGCCAAGGUGGUUAGCUCCAAGAUCGAUCAGCCACGGAAGUCUGGCACUUGUCGUGGCACCACAGGUCGCCCAAUGUCCACCACGAAAAGCACUACGACUCAUCGGACGACUGUUAGUACCACAACCCGUGGUCCCACCACUUUCUGCCUACCGGAACCCAUCUCCGAUGCUCCUUUCAAGUCGCUUCCCACACCCCCACCUACACCACGUCUACCUCCUAUAUCACCAUCCCGUCCACCAACCACGCGAAAACCUAGUUGCCCAAGGAUUCAGCCCAACAAAAGUCCCUACUCGCCGCAAUCUCAAAAGCCAGGAGCUGCCAAGGUGCUGAUGGAAAUUAUUUCGGCCACCAAGCAGCAUGCCCUUGCGGUGCUCAAGAAUCUCAACUACCUGGAGAUGGAGCUGCUGAGUCGCUCAACGGACGACGAUGUGUGUGCGGAGUCGGAAAACCCGGCUAAAGAGAAAGAAGCACCCACAAAGACGGGUGAACGUGUCGUGAAUCCCGAGCUAAGGUCCCAUUUUCAGGUCUUCUCCUUUGGCAUACGACCUGCGAGCCAGAAAGAGAGCCUCUACGAUUUGGCACUGGCCAAGGAGGAGGAGCUGAAGCUGGAGGAUCGGGUGUGGGAGGAGCACCUGCAGCAGAUGAAGCUGAAGAGGCCAAUAAAACCAAAGAGGUUUGAGGCUGCUCCGGCGAACGCUGCACGCCUGGAACCUUUCCAGGAGCCUCGAAAGCCCCUGAAGUCCUUGACGCCCAUGGAGCAAUUGGCUCCCCCAGAGCCAGAAAUUUCUACUGAUAACAGACGCAUCAAUCUGGAAGCCUUGAGCGUGGUUGUCAAACCAUUGUCUUCUGUUCCCAGAAAGGAUUCCCCUAACUCGUCGCCACGGGCACAAAUGAAUGCCAUACAAUUGGAGGGCAACAGCGAUGAGCAACUGCAUCCAAGCCAUAGAUUUCAAUCGAGACCAAGAAAGAAGAAAAAACACAAGUUGUACGCCACGGAACAGCAGACACAGGCCAGAAAGCUACCCAUUGCUGGCGUUUUUUAUUAAGUCAUUUGUGUAAAUAUAAUAAGAGUUUUAAUCAAACAUUUACUCAACAUUCA